UUCUAAGUUUGUUUUAAUAUGAGCUACAUCAGUUGGUAACUGAGUGACUAACCCGAAACCUUUGAAUUGUAUGUCAUUGGGUUGUUUAUCAUCCUCUUCGAUAUAAAGUUCAUAUAGUUUAAUAGUUAAAUCAGUCGACCUUUAACCACUACGUUGUGUAUUUGGGCCCCGCACUCGUUCUUUGACUGGAGCAACGCAUGCAUCAUCAAUGGUCAUGAAAACGUGUGCCUUGAAGCUGAGAACAUAAACAUGUACUUGGAGACUUCCAGAUUAGUUUGUUACAUCCGUGAAUGCCUGACGGCACAAGUGAACCCUCUUUACCGCUUAUGUGUAAGUGAUUUCCUAGUACAGUUAUGUCUUUUAAACUUGAUUUUUUGAAAAUAUCUGUUUCAGAUAUUCUUGGAAUGAUUGAAAGCAAAGUCCGAAGCUUGCAGUAUAUUUUUGAGUUCCCUCAAAUUACAGACCUAUUCGAUGUCUCUGAACGACAAGGGCAGGGUACAUUUGCCUCUGUCUUAGCAGUCAAAAGUAAACAAGAUCCUGAUGAAUCCAAAUAUUAUGCUUUGAAAAUGAUUAUCCCAACAGUCGAUGUUCGUAGAAUUGAGAAUGAAAUUCGUAUUCUGAGAAGAUUGGGUGGUAAGCAUAAUGUAAUUCAAAUGCAUACAGCAAUGCGGAUUCGUGAUCAUGUGUUCAUAUUAAUGCCUUUUAUUGAUUACAUCCCUUUCACAGACUAUUAUCUAACUGCAGAUGAGAAAGAAAUCAGACGAUAUAUGCGCGCACUCCUCUCAGCUUUAGCUCAUGUUCAUAAAUACAAAGUAAUUCACCGUGAUGUAAAGCCUACAAACUUUCUUAUGGAUCAAAAAACGAAACAAUUUUUUCUCGUAGAUUUUGGUCUGGCACAUUCUGAAGAGUUUGGUGAUAUUGAUGAAAGAUGGGAGCGCAAAUUUGAAAUCAACUCUGAUUCAGAUACAAAGAAAAAUGAAUUAAUGAAAAGAGUUUCAAGUUUUUCUCGGACAAAUCUUAACAUAUCAGAGAAUAACCAGCGUGUAAAUUUAGCAAACAGAGAAAACAGUUAUACUCAUAAACGAGAUUCCAUGGAUUCUACAAACUCAUUAUUCGCUUAUAAGUGUAAUUCUUCAAAAAUUGAUAACAAAUCAUCAUUUAAAGGUGCAUCUAUCAAAUCCUCUCAACAAAUAUCAAGUAACCUAACACAAUCUUUAGGACAAGGAGGAUGCGUUUGUGGUUCACGUCUCACUGUAUGUCGUGGUUGUCGACAUUUACCUCGAGCACCAACUGUUCGUAGAGGCGGAACACUUGGCUUUAGACCUCCGGAAGUAAUGAUGCGUCAUAUCGAACAAACAACUGCUGUUGAUAUAUGGGCUGUUGGAAUUAUAUUUAUUUCUUUCCUUUCUGGUCGUUAUCCUUUUAUAAAAGUAGACGAUGAUUUGGAUGUACUUCAUGCUUUCACUCAUCUAAUUGGAUAUGAACGCAUGCAAAUGGGUGCCAGAAGCAUUGGUAGGAGACUGUUACUUGAUCCUAGACCACCACCUAUGGAAGCUAGUGAUUCACCUAUUCUCUGGCUUAAAACAAGAUGUUCUGCAAUUAGAUUAUACGAGAAAAAAUUUGCUGGUCUACCUCCUUUAUUACGUAAAACUACAAUAAAGUCAACUAAUUUAACUAAUGAUAAUUCUGCACAAACUACAGAAUUAUCUAAUGGAAAACCAGUGAUUGCUUUAUCUUCAACGCAUAUUUUUCCCACUUCAGCUUAUGAUCUAUUAGCUCGUCUAUUAGAACCAUGCCCACAGAAACGUAUUACUGCUCAUGAUGCACUUCGUCAUCCAUAUUUUUGUAAUACUAAAACUCAACGACAUUCUAGUAUACCAUUAAAAUAUCCAAAUAUACAAUCAAAUUCAUUACUUCAUAAACGUACAUCUCGUUCAAGUUUUUGUGAAUCAACAACUAAUUUUAUACCGAGACCACAAUUUUGUUGAAAGUGACUAGAUUAUUGAUUUUUUUUAAAACUUAUCUUUGUAAUAAAUUCAGAUAUUUAGUCGGGAUGGGGGGAGGGGAAUUUUCUCCCAUCAUUGUAUCAUUAACCCCCACCUAUUGGACAUAUCACAGUAAAUUAAUCAUAUUGACUGAUUGAUCUAAACAUUCAAAUGUUGUACAGAGAUUGUAUCUUUCGUAUGUAAAGUAACUUUUUCAAUGUCUUAGUAACAUUGUAAUUAAAGUUUAAAAUAUAUAGUUAUGUUUUAUAAUUUCUUAAUAAUUCACUUUCUACGUUUUUGUUCUCACU